AAGAGCGCUAUCGUCUGGCUUGCUGACACGUUUUAAACUGCCGGCUUCCUCUCUCUCGUCAGCACUGUUCUUCUCACAAACUUUUCCCCUGCUCAAGUUAAGGCCAGUUUCUUUUACACUUGUGUUAGCGUAGUGAAUACGUUUUUAACUUCAACUUUUGAUAAUACAAUUUCAACGUUUGGGCAUCCAGAAUUUCAAUAUCGUCUUUAAAAAAAAUCACCGCCAAAAGUUUAUUGAUUUGACAUAAAAUUCUAACGGCUUAGGACUUAGGACAAAUAGGGGUAAUGGCCAUGCAUGACAUCUGCGGAAGAGCAGACAGCCAACAGCAUGACGUAGCAAGCUUUCUCUGCGGUACAGCACACCGCAGCAGCCCUCAGACCAAGACUGGUGACGUCAGACGGAUGGACCAAUCCGAAUCGCGUGUUAUUUCACACUGAUGUGUUUCCGCAUUGUUUACCUAAUGGACCAGUUUGAGUAAAAUAAUCUAGCUUUAAGAUCUCUGGAAACUUAACACUUUUCAUUUGCUUUUCAUUGAUGGAAUAGUGCGCUCCAUGAUCCUGAUUUGAAUCCAGUUUUUAAAUACAAAUUUGGACAAAGAUAACGGCAAGGAACUGAAAAAACUGAAUUAUCCCCCUUGCCAAGAUGCCCAUAGAGUUCAUAGAUUUGGAGGAGUUAGUCAAAAGUUAUGCCGAGGAUUUUUUAGACAACGAUCAGAAGAAACAUGCGGACUUAAAGAACCCAGUCAUAGACUGGAACAAGAUGCACGUCAUCUAUGGUGAGACCAAGUACACGAGACCUGAGGUCCCACCACAGCCGACCGCCCAUGUUUUGUUCUGUGCCAACUUUGCCAACAACACACCCAACAACCAGACGUACACCCUGCGGACAGAGAGGAGGACACGGUCCAGUAGUGAGAUCUGCUUCAUGAAGACCUUCACCUACGGCGUCAACAUCCAGAUGAAGCUGACCCCACCCAACCCCAUCAUAGAGGCGAAUGCUGGCUUCAUGUCAGAGAUCACCAAACAGAAAGGCUACAGUGCCACCAAUGAGCAGGAACUGACCUGGGCAGUGGACAGCGAGAUCUCUGUUCCACCUGGAUACAAGACCAAGGCUGAGCUGGUCUUCACAGAGGAUGACUUUAAUGGGGACUUUGAGAUUCUCACAACAUUUGAAGGAAAGAUUCUGGUGACUUAUGAGAGCAAGAAGAGCAGGGACCAUAUAUCAACUGUCACGGUGCAUGUGGCCAAAGUUUUCAACUCCAAAUCAGGCUUCACGUUAGACGAUACAGGACGACCAACUUUCUUAGUGAGGGGCGUGUGCAAGUGUCGGUUUGGUGUAGAGCAGAAUGUCAACUUGACAGAGACACCACUCAACCAGUGAUAACAAAACUGUUAGAUCCUAUCUAAUUUUAAAUAAUCUUCAGCUUCUAGCUAACUUACACAAAAGAAGUAACUCUAUGACCUGUACAAGUUUUAAAGAACGCUGUUUUGGCUGCAAUUUGUCCAGUGGUUUAUUUUCGUCUGUCUGUAGGCCCACACAGGUGCAGACAGCUUUACACAGAAACGUCUUCCGUGUCAAAAAGGAUGGGUCAGUUAUGUUAAUUAAUUUUAAUUAGUUUACAGGUACCAAUCAUUAGCACACCUCCUAUAUUUAAAAAAAAUGUAAACUAUUUUUUAGCACACACAUUUUAAGUUGAGUCAUACAUCAACAGACAACUAUGACUUUUUUUGCACAAUUUUAG